CUCAAAUCGAUUCAAACCUCAACAUGCGCGUCACAAGUAUUUUCGUUACGCUGAUCUCCGUCGCCUCGGGCCUGUUGGUUCCUCGUCAACAAUCCUCAAAUGAGAUUGGAAUUACCCCAAAUGUCGUCGGGUCACAAUAUGAUGGAUCAUGCUUUUACCCCGUACCGGAUUCCAAGUUUGACCUAGAAGCGUACCUAGGGACAUGGUACCAGGUUGCAGGCACACCUUUCGGUCCUACGGCCGGAGCACGCUGCGUAACAGCUAACUACGCCCUAAACGCCAAUGGAACUGUCAAAGUCGUAAACACGGCAACAGUAGGCGGACGGACGAUCGACAUCACCGGCAAUGCGGCGCCUGUAGAUUCGGCGUACGGCGCUGGAGGAGCUUUUAUAGUCAGCUUUCCGGGCACAUCUUCUCCGGAAUGUCCAGGGCCAAACUAUAUCGUUCAGGAUUACGCCGUUGAUUGGGCCAUCGUACAGACACAAAACUGGAACACUCUGUACAUUUUGAGCCGGAAACGACAGCCCGCUUCCGCUAAGAUCAAUACUUGGAUUGAUCGUGCUAUUGCGUUUGGGUCAGAAGCUUCUGCUAUUUCCAUGUUCAACCAGACCGGUUGCCCAUGAGACAAUUUAUCAUCGUGUGUACAGACAUAUGGGAAUGUAUAAUCUGAACCGCCAC